AUGCUUGCCGCGACGUCGUUCGGGUGGGUGGCCAAGCAGAUUGACAUGCUGACGGGCGAGAAGGGCCGUAGUGGGGUGAGCAUCGAGAACAUCAAGACAAAGGGGCUGAGGGCUUUGCGAGACAACAUGGUGGAGUACAUCUGCAAGCGCAUCGCCAAAAAACGCUCUGCGGCGCCGACUUCACAAGCCGUCGGCCCCGCCGACAGUGCGAUUGAUGACGACGGCGCGGAAAGUCAGACGGCGCCCCAAGCAACAGUUGCCGCCCAGCAUCAGGGGACCGCGAGGGUGUCUGUGGAAGGAGGAAACGGUGGAGGAGGAGGCGACGCUGCGGUAGGUACAGAACGGAAGGAAGAGGAGUCCGGGUCGUCGGAGUCGGGGUCGGGGUCCGAGUCGGAGUCGGAGGAGGAGGACGAGGCGGUGAAGCAGGACGAGGAGGACGACGAGGAGGAGGAGAAGGACGGGAAGGAUGAGGAGGAGGAGGAAGGGAAGGGUGAGGAGGAGGAGGACGGGAAGGAUGAGGAGGGGGUGGAAGAAGAGGUGGAGUAUGAGGUGGAGCACGCAGACGGUACGGUUGAGGUGGGAGCGGCGGAAGAGGCGGUGGGGUCGGCGGAUGAAAGGAACGAGGAAGAGAAGGAUGGCGAUGCGGGUAAUGCUACGAGGUCGGCAGAUGGGGGGAAGGAGAAGGAUGAGGUCGGCGUGGAGGCAACGACGGAAACGGGCCAGGAGGAGGCGGCAUGCGAGGGAAGUGGGAAGGUGCCGGUCGACGCCGACGAAGGGGCGAACAUUACGGGCGUGCAGGAGACGAAGGAAGCAUCUGGUUGGCAGGGUCCUAAACUAGACGACGUCGAGGAGCUGCGACGGGAGAACUGGUUGUUGAGGGCGGAGAACACUCAGCUGGCGACGUUGCUCGAUGAGGAGAAGGCUCGGCUGGACAGGUUUUUUGUUGGGGUACGUGGACUCGUCGACAAGGUGAAUGAGUUGGCCGACCAGGUCGCCGACUCCGACCAGACUGCGGCGGAAUGGCUGCGGAACGCGACGUCGGCCAUGUCGACGACCAUCACGGGCAACAUCACCGGCAGCUUCGACGAAGCGUGGAAGACGAUGAAGACAUUCGCGGAACAGGCGUCGGCGUGGUUGUUGGACUUCGACAAUCCGGAGGGAAAUAUGGCAUAUGCACGCGCCGAGGCGGUCACCGCCUUGGGCGAACACGUCGAUACGGUGGUGGGCGAUGCGAAGAGGGGUUUGGAGGAGUACAUCUCGAACCACCUAGCCUCCGCGCAGGUCAACAUCGCCACCCCUGUGACUCACAGGCUCGCCAUGCAGCCGCCGCCAACGCCUCAGCCCACGCCGCCCGCCCCAACGCCCGCCUUACCGGAGGAGCUCUUGAAGUCGUUCAAGGCAGACAUCUUGAAGGCGGUGACGGAGGCCACCCAACAGUCGUUCCUAGCUUCUGGGAUGAAGAUCAUGACCGAGAUGAUCGGCACUGUGGCGCCUGGUCGACGUGGGUCGUCGCCGUCAGCCAAUGACGCCGAUCACGCUCAAUGGAGGGAGGCCGACAAGCGGGGCCAGAAUAGGACGGGAGGCGGAGACGAUGCGGGGAGCGUGGAGCGGAGCAAGGGAGCGGACGGGAGCCGCGGUCCAGGCGUGUCGCCGUCGGCCAAUGACGCCGAUCAGGCGCAACGGAGAGAGGCCGACAAGCAGGGCCAGAAGAGGACGGCGAUGGUUCGCCGAUGGUUCCGUGACGUCGAUCGGCGCAAUUCCUGCCCACAAAGCCAAGGGUAA